AUGGUAGGCGGCGAAGGUUCCUUGUUCCUUCGGCGGCGGCAAGUACUGGGUCUGCUGCUGGCGCGGGUGACACAGAUGGGAGUGACUCAACCGAAGGGUACGUGGCAAGUUCAACUUAGGAGGAAAGAACCCGGGAAUCCCAAAGCAGUGGAUCCAGAAAUCGUGGAGGCCGGCAAAGAGGGACCCCGUCCCCGAGAUGCUGACGUGGCUAGGGGUGGGAGUGUUGACGUGGCAGGGGAUGCUGACAUGGACCUAGAGGCGCUGGCUCGUGAGCUGAACAUGGAUCUGAAGGAGGUUCAGGAAGCGGAGAGGAUGUUUGAAAGUGCCAUGUCAGCAGUUGCCUCGCUGGAAUCGCUAUCUGCCAAGUUCGAUCAGAUGAUUUUGGAAACUUCAGCUUCUGAGUCAGCCGAAUCAGAGGAUUCUCGCAAGGGUUUAAGAGGGGUUUUGAACGAAGGGGUUUUAGAAAAUGCGGGUUUAGAGGGUUUAGAAAGAGGAAUGAAAGAGCUGGUAAAGGAGAUUGAAGCCGCAUCGUCUCGGGUUGAGAGAGAAGGCGUCAGCCAAAAAAGAGAGGGGAGGGAGGAGGUGGAUGAUGAUGGUGCUGACGUGGACUUGGCAGGGGAGGCCAUUGCUGACAUGGAGAAUGACCUGGCGGAGCUGCAACGGUCGGUGGCGGCCACGCUUGCUGAACUGGACCGCACUGCCACGUCACUCACUCCAGAGCUGGGUCUACAGGAAGUGCUGAAGCUUAAGAGUUCCAUAUCUGCUGACGUGGCGCAGAUAGAGCAGCAAACAGGCGCCAUUCUUGGGUUGCUGCGAGAGGCCCGAGAACUGCAAGAAGCUUCCCAGCAGCCCGGCGCACCAGUUGGAGCGCGCCAGCUGGCGGCGCAGCGGGCCGUGGAGGCCCGGAAUGCCAUGGCUGCGAUGGCAGGUUCGGCCGAAGAUGCCCGCCAGCCGGCCUACAUGCUUAAGUGGCACGAGGUGGCAGCAGAGAGGGCGGAGCUCAAGAGGGAGUUGGCAGAGAUGUUUAGCAACGCCGUGCAGCAACUGAAGAGGGGGGAGCGGAGUAGGAACCUCACCAGCACCUCGUACCUACCCCAGUGGCACGAGGUGGCAGCAGACCGGGCGGAGCUGAAGAGGGAGCUUGCGGAGAUGUUCAGCAACGCCGUGCAGCUGUUUCAAGAGGGGGAUGAGGAGGGGGCGAUGGCGCUGGUGGCUGCUAAUGAGGCUGAAGUGAUGGGGCAGGUGGCGGCAGGGGAGGCAGGUGUAGAGCAAUCAGCAGUGCUGCUGGCGCUGUCGCAGCUGCUGCUGGGGAUGGGGGAAGAGGCCAAGGGGAGGCAGUUGAUGGACCAGGCGCUUGCCCUCGUGGCCUCUCACCCGUCCGAGCCUCUUCUCGACGACCUGCUAGAGAACGCAGGGGACAUGUAUUACGGCAUGGAGAUGUGGGAUGAGUCGAUCAAGAUGUAUAAACGUGCAGUCAACGUGCAGAGGGAACUGGCAGGGGGCGAGCACUACCUGCAAGCAUCCACUCUCUGCAGCCUCGCCAAUGCGUUAAUGGAAGCGCAGAGGCACGAGGAAGCAGAGGAGGUGCAGCGGCGAGCGGCCGAGCUGUAUGAAGCUGCCAGGGGGGAGAGGUCCCGGGGGGUAGCGACGAUGCUGGUGCGGCUGACACAGAUUCAGAUGGAAGGAGGACGGGUGGAAGAGGCUGAGGGCAGCAUUCUACGCGCCAAGGAUAUUCUGAUAGAGAAGGAGGGGCUGACGUCAAUGGAGGCAGCAAUUGUGGAGUUCACUCUCGCUCAAGUCAGACAAGCACAAGGUCGCCCUGAUCUUGCCGUGGGGGUGUUGGAGAGCGGCCUUCGGAUAUUCGAACAAUCGGUGGAGCAGCAGAGGAGGAAGGGCGAGGCGGGAGACGCUGCUGAGCUGGCAGGAGCAGGCGCUGAGCUGGCCUGGGGUGACGAUGAGCUGGCGGGGACUCCCCGUGCCCUGGUGAACGCGCUUGGAGCAUCAGCGUUCCCGGCCUUCGAGCAGGCGCAGAUUGAACUGAGCAUGCUAUACGACAUUCUAGACAGGGAUGAAGACGCGUGUGCCAUAAGAGAGAAGCUUCUUUCAGCAAAGGAGCUAGCCGUCGGUCCUCUCUCCCCAGCUCUCGUCCCUCCCCUCAUCCAACUCGCACAAUCCCGCCUCACCAUCGGCCAAUCAGAGGGCGCGGAGCGGCUGCUCCGCCGCGCGCUGCAGAUUGCCAGGUCAGCGGUGCCAGCUGGUGACGCGCGGCUGGCCGUGCCGAUCGAGCGCCUGGCGCUGUGCCUGGCUCAGAUGGAGCGAUUUGAGGAGGCUGAGGUGCUCGCGAGGGAGCAUCUGAUGAUCGCUGAGGGGGCCGUGGAGAAAGCAGGAUUGAGAGGAGACACAGUGGAAAUGCUAGCGGAAGCGGAGCGCAACCUGGCUCUCAUCCUUAUGGCCACAGGGGGGGCAGAGGCAGUAGAGGCUGGCCCUACUCUUCACACACCCAUCCCUUCCCCACACUGGUUUCCCUCCUGUCUCUUCCCCCCCUUCACCCCUACCCCAGCGCAAGCACAGCGCAACAACCUAGCGCUCGUCCUCAUGGUCACGGGCCGUGCAGAGGCAGCAGCUCUUGCCCCUCCGCCUCUUGCACUCACCCCCUCCCACCACUCUCUACCGCUACUCUCUCCUUCUCCACCCAUGUCUCCCCCCACACAGCGCAAGCCCAGCGCAACCUGGCGCUCAUCCUCAUGGCUACAAGGCGGGCAGAGGCAGCGCAAAUUUGCCCCGCCCCCCCACCCAUCCCCCAACCCCCAUGCACCGUCUUUCCUCCUAUCUCUCCACCAUCUCCCCAUGCUUGUGUUUCUCCUCAAACCCCCCCUCCCCCCCUACCCCAGCGCAAGCCCAGCGCAACCUAGCGCUCAUACUCAUGGCCACAGGGCGGGCAGAGGCAGCGGAGCUGCUACUGAGGAAGGCUUUAGCGAGGAUGGAGGGAGCAGUGGGGCCCAUGGGGGAUGCGGCGCUGGUGAUUGCUGGUUCUCUGGUGGUGAAUCUGCAGCAGCAGGGGAGGGAUGA